AUGAGGGGCGUCUUGCCGUCCCACCACUGGCUCCAAGCCGAGGGUUGGACCUGGUCAGAGGGCAACUCUCUCUUCAUCGGCCGAGCCACGACGACAUCGAGGCCAAGAUUAGCACCAGCGCCAACACCAGCACCAGCACCAGCAUUACAAGUAGCGUCACGAUUUUUACUUCUUACUCCGACGACGGACCACCAGCAUCCUGGUCCUGGUCCUGGUCCUGGUCCUGGUCCUGGUCCUGGCCCUGGUCCUGGUUCUGGUCAUACCUACGACGAAAUAUGUAGGAUACGGGAGUCGAAGUUCACCACUUUCGCCCUGGCCCGGAGCGUAUCCGACUCUCUGGCGCCCCCGCCAUCCGUCAGCCCAUCUUUCCCAACUCUUGCUCUACCUGUACUCCAAGCAACGGUACCUUACAGAAUCCAUCCCAUGGGAGAAUAA